CCGUGUUUUCGUUGUUUCUCUCGCAGCCUCAACAAGAUGAAUACACGUCUUUAUACUUUAGAAAAGCGUUGAAUACCAUCUUCUCUAGAAAAUUGUGUCUUAUUCUCAGGUGUCUGGGAAAAUUUUCUAUCGCCGGAGAGACUAUUUUCUGUGACAAUGCGGCUGAUCUGCGUUGCCCUUCUAAUCACCGUCUGCGCCGAAUACGUAUUGUCAGAUUGCAGCCAUCCUGGCGAAAUAGAUGGCGGUAUUUCGAAUCCAAACUCUACCGAUGCUCCGAAUAUCGGCAACUGGCAAACCGUGCAGUAUGAAUGUGAUACCGGCUACUCGAUGGUUGGUUCUAAUUUCUUAAUGUGCGCGAAUAAUGCUUGGACUGCAAAUGCGCCUCAGUGCAAAGCGGAUUGCAAUGAGCCGACUGGUUUGGUGAACGGUUAUUUCCAACCUGCGAGCGGUUCUACGUUCCCUGUACCGGGCAACGGAGGAGUUAUCAAUGUGUACUGUGACGAAGGAUAUUCGCUGUCAGGCCUCACGGAAGCCACUUGUUCAGGUGGAGAAUUUACCCCGUCUUCCUUCAACCCUGGCACUAACCCGAAAUGCCGAGAAAAGUGUACUCUUCCCAGUCUGAGUUCACUCUUCGCUGAAACUACCUACGAUGGUGAUACGCCUACGAAUGGCUAUCUGAAUCCCGGUACGGUGGCCAAUUUUGCAUGCAUAGAAGGUUAUGGCGUGAGUGGACCCAGACAAGCGACGUGUCAAGACGGUCAAUGGAACAACCUACCGCCACAAGUGUCAUGCAUUGAGAACUGCAACGAUCUCACGGCUCCAUUAAACGGUUACGUACAGGGGGACAACUACCAUGGUGCCGUGGCCACGUUCAGCUGCAAAUCUGGGUUUACCCUCAUCGGGGCCUCUACUGUGACCUGUAGCACUUCAUCCUGGAGUGCCGACGUGCCCGUCUGCCAGGAUUCGCUGUCAGCUAACAUCCUUGUGUUUCUGCCCUUCGAGAACACAUUCGAGGACAUGUCUGGGAACGAGGAUACCCGUGUCAGCGAAAUAGGAAAAGUCACAUUUAGCGAGAAUGGGGGCGUGUCCAGCACGGCGGCGUUUUUCAGUGGUUUUGACAGAAUUGACGUCUACAGCGACCGGCUCUACGCAUACGACACCUUCUCUGUAAGUGCGUGGUUCAAGCGAACGGGAAACUGGGAUAUGGAUCAAGGACUCAUGUCUCACGGUGGGUACGGCGAUAUUGAUGGACUGGAGGUUACGUUGAGCGACGGUCAGAUACUGGCAGCUGGGAUAGCGAAUAAAGCGAAGAAGCGCAAAUGGGACUACGUUAACGUCUUUGCCGAAUCAGAUAAAUGGCAUAACAUUAUCGCUACUUAUGAUGGCGCGCAGUUUAAGCUGUAUGUGGAUGGAGUCCUCCAAGAUGGCGAUGUCCAGUGCUGUUCCGGAAUGCUCUAUCCGGGACCUCUACCACUCCGAAUUGGCCAGGCGGGUAUUCCGAUUGAUAAGCAAUAUUUUAACGGUCUCAUUGAUGAGCUUUAUGUCUUUGAUAUUGCUCUCACUGCUAGCCAGGCCUACGAUAUGUACACACGUGACAAACCUACCUGUGACGACGAUGAUCUGUUAGUACAUUACAACUUCGAUAAUGGUUUCGAUGAUGCCUCCUGUAACGGUUGGGAUGCAGUCCCGUACGGAGUUUUCACUUCCGACGGAGCAGCCAUUUUUUCCGGAAAGGGCCAAGUCAACAUUGAGGAAUUCAUCAAUUUUGAAUGGGGGUCUGCCAUGACUGUCUCAUUCUGGCUUUAUUGCGAGGGCUGCUUAGACGUCAAUGAAACCAUGGAAUUUCCCUAUAACAGAAUGGGCUUGUUCGGAAAUGGCGAGUAUUCUGGCGACACGUGGGAGAUAUCGGUAGACAAUAGCCAGUACCCGUCUUCGCUUGUUGGUGGAUGGAUAUGGAGCGGUAGUCAAAAGCCCCCAACGCAGUUGACUGGUGCCAGUAUAAACAACUACGAAUGGUACCAUAUAGCCAUGGUUUAUGAUGGCGACAAUGGGCAGUCUACACUAUACGUGAAUGGCGCCAGCGUGUCUGGGGCUACGGUCACGACCAAGAAGAUCACGAUGAAAAGCGACCCAGUGGUAAUCGGCGUUAGCGACACGGGAGAUUCUCGAUAUAACGGACAUUUUGUUGGCAAACUUGACGAAGUCAAGUUAUACAGCAAAGUAUUGUCGGAAACUGAGAUAGGUAACCAAGCAGCUGUUACACCAGAAACGCCCGAAUAG